UGCGAGGAUGCGCGGUCCCAGAAUGCCGCGCGCCCUGCUCUCGGGGGGUCCGCUCCAGCCGAGAGGAGCCUAAGUCUUCGCCUAGCCCGGAGGGGACGCCGCGGCCCCGAGGUGAGGUGCGGACAGGUGCCGGGCCCCUGUGCCCCCUUCCCCCUCAGCUCCAGCGACGACACCCCCGUUAUCCUGUCGCCCCCGAGGGCCAGGCGAGACGCUCCGAGAGGGAGCUACAACUUUCGAGAGACUUCGACCGGGCCUGGCAAACUUCGGCGAGUUCCUGCUCCGCGCGUCCCGCGGGCUCCGUGCUGGCCCGAGCCUGCCGAGCAGCUGAAGUGUAUGUGACGGGGCCUUCAGCUCCUUCCCCGGGUCCGACGGCGGCCGCACCACUCCUCCCUUGCUUGCGGUCUCUCGGGCUCGUCCGGGCGCUCCGCGGGUGCGCACACCUUGGCCGGCCGGCCGAGCGCAAAUUCGAAUGCGGCGGCUCUGGAAGUGUCCCUGGCAAGACCAUCGCCCAAGAUGGCAGAGGAGAGCAGCAGUGCCAGGGACUGCGUGUCCUUCAGCGUGCUCAACUGGGACCAGGUGAGCCGGCUGCACGAGGUCCUGACCGAGGUGGUCCCCAUCCACGGGCGAGGCAACUUCCCCACCUUGGAGAUCACGCUGAAGGACAUCGUCCAGACUGUCCGCAGCCAGCUGGAGGAGGCGGGCAUCAAAGUGCAGGACAUCCGGCUGAACGGCUCUGCGGCCGGCCACGUCUUGGUCAAAGACAACGGGUUGGGUUGCAAGGACCUGGACCUCAUCUUUCACGUGGCCCUUCCCACGGAGGCGGAGUUCCAGCUGGUCAGGGAUGUGGUUCUGUGCUCCCUCCUGAACUUCCUGCCAGAGGGCGUGAGCAAGCUCAAGAUCAGUCCAGUCACCCUGAAGGAGGCCUACGUCCAGAAGCUGGUGAAGGUCUGCACGGACACGGACCGCUGGAGCCUGAUCUCCCUGUCCAACAAGAACGGCAGGAACGUGGAGCUGAAGUUUGUGGACUCCAUCCGGCGCCAGUUCGAGUUCAGCGUGGACUCGUUCCAGAUCAUCCUGGAUUCCCUGCUCUUUUUCUAUGACUGCUCCAGCCACCCCAUCUCCGAGCACCUGCACCCCACGGUGAUCGGGGAGAGCGUGUAUGGGGACUUCGAGGAGGCCUUCGACCACCUGCAGAACAGACUCAUCGCCACCAAGAACCCCGAGGAGAUCCGGGGCGGGGGGCUGCUCAAGUACAGCAACCUGCUGGUGCGGGACUUCAGGCCCACCGACCAGGACGAGAUCAAGACCCUGGAGCGCUACAUGUGCUCCAGGUUCUUCAUCGACUUCCCCGACAUCCUGGAGCAGCAGAGGAAGCUGGAGACCUACCUGCAGAACCACUUUGCCGAGGAGGAGCGGAGCAAGUACGACUACCUCAUGACCCUGCGCCGCGUGGUCAACGAGAGCACCGUGUGCCUCAUGGGCCACGAGCGCAGGCAGACCCUGAACCUCAUCUCCCUGCUGGCCCUGCGCGUGCUGGCCGAGCAGAACAUCAUCCCCAACGCCACCACCGUCACCUGCUACUACCAGCCCGCGCCCUACGUCAGCGACGGCAACUUCAACAACUACUACGUGGCCCACCCUCCGCUCCCCUACAGCCAGCCCUACCCCACCUGGCUGCCCUGUAACUAACCUUGAGACCCGAGGGUUUCCACAGGGGCAGCCCCCCUAGGGCGAGGGCUCUCGGGUAGGGGAGCCUCCUUCUAGAUGUAGGUGUUUGGCUUUUAAAGGGGAACUCAGCUCUGAUUCUGCUUUUUUUUUUUUUUUUUUUUUUUUUUUUUUUUGUGUGUGUGUGUGUGUGUGUGUGUGUGUGCCCAUUGGAACGGGUCGACUGUGUAUCAUGAGCCAACCCCAGAGGGACCCAUUAUGCCCGUGCCACUUUGGAAAAUGCUAUAGGAAGUAUGACCUGUGCACAUCUUUCCAAGACGGACACUCACAUGCCGGGCCCCAGACAUCGGCACUGGGGUGCCCGAGCUCCGUGCGGUCACUGAGACGGGGUCUGCCCCGCGGGCAGGUGUCAGGAGUCUUUGGCUGCUGGGCCCCUCUCUGGGGCCCAGGGCGGGCGACGUCGGCCCUCACUUGGAAUUCUCAGCAGUUAGGAAAGUUGUGCGGCUAGUCCAUUUCCUUGUCGGAGUCUUAGGCAGAAAAUGGCAAACGUGAGGGUGCUCUUGUGGUUGAAUUUCUGUUCAAGGGACUCAGUUGCUUGUGUUUAUUCUCUGUCAGCAGAGCUGAGGACUCCUCGUGUCAGUCAACCAAAGCUGGAGCAUUGCGAUCUGGUUGGAAGUGGUUUAUGGUUUAAAUGCUGUGCUAUCACGAGGAACUGAGAUUAUCGCUGACAAAGGAAAAAAAAAAAAAAAAAAAGACCUUUUCUGGAAAUGUAACUUGAAAACAAAAUAAAAUGUGCAACAUGAUGUUCAGUAAAAUCGUGGUGGUGGCGGCUGGGGCGGGGGGUGCUUGUAAAUAGGAAACGUGAAUGUUCAGUUUUUUUCUUUUAAGUAAGGAAUUCUUUUUGAAUGACCCUUCCCCCCCCCCAUCAGCUCAUCACUUUUGCGUUUUGCUCCUCCCGAGACUAAGGAUUGUGGUGAGUCUAAAGUCCUUGCAGUAACUGAUGUGAGGGUCUUCCCAUGUUUUAAUCGGAAACCCAUCUUGGUCACAUUCCAAGUAUGACUGGCUGUUUUUCUGGAGUACUUUUGGCUGAUUGUGUUUGCUUUUGUUUGUAUUUUUACUUUUCAACAAUAGUGGUUUCCUUCUCCAGGCAUUUUGGGCAGCAGAGGAAUGCAGGAAUUUCCGUGGAUCUGUGACCUGUGGAGAGGCCCGCUCUUGCAGGCAGAGUUCUUUGGUUUAACAUUGCUUUAGAGUCGCAGCUGCUGUCCUGUGCCGCGUGUCAGGUGGCUGCUCCUUCCACAGUGGGGCCUUGUGUGCUGCCGAGGCACCUCGAGGUGAUGACUGCUAGUGUACUUGGGAAGAACUGCGUGAAUGAAGAAGAAUCUUCUUCCUCUGAUAGAUUGACCACACGUGUUUAUACUCUGCACUUUAGAAGGAAAACAGUGUUAAUCUCUCUAAUCUGAAGCAAGCUUAGUAAAUGGGAGAGUUUUAGGCUAUUGUUGCUUUCCCAGUAGCUUAAGAUAAGGGACUUUGUAUUUUGAAACUUUGUGGGAUCUCUUAGAAAGCAUCACUUUGGGGUAUCAAGGGCAAAGCAACUUAAUGUGGCCAUCCUGCUUGGUUUGUCAAGUGAUCCAAUCAAAUCCAUGCUCCUGAUUUUGACUUUCUCCUGUGGCCGUACACAUCCCAAGCCCUGAGUGAGUGCUUUCUCCUUGUUUGAAGCAAUGAAGUUACCUUAACGCGUAGUAGAAAAGGGGUGGUUUACCUUUUUCUAAAGAGUCUAUUUUCAGGUUUUUUGUUUUUUUGUUUUGUUUUUUUUUUUUUUUCUGGAAGGUGGUGUGUUGGUCCUCUUGAAAGCAGAUCGGGCAUGACCGAAACCCAAGGCUUGCUUAGUUGGUAUCCAUGUUGUGGGCGAGGUGAACAGAAACCACUUCUCAGUGUAAUCAGCUCCUGUUUCCCUGGGAGCCAUGGUUGUAUUUGAAUUCACUGGCUUUGAGUCAAGGCUAGUUCUACACUGAGGUGGCAGCGAGGAGUCCUGGCGUGCUUCCAUGUUAAAAAGGGCAAUGAAGAGUGAACCCCAACUUUACCAACUACGUGGUCAUCUGUAACCUAAAAAGGCUGCCCUUGUGGUCAGAUGGCAACAUGUUUGCACAAAAAUGACAGAGCUGUUUCACCAAAGCUUUGAAAUUGGACGCAGCCACCGGCAUAAGCACUUGCUCACAGAAGCCAGUGUUGCCUCUACUCGAAGGCUUGAGGAUCAGCAUAAUGAGGCUCCAGAGGAAGAUAGGAUCAGAACUGCAUCACAUUAACUGCAUUAAAUUGCCGGUUUGUCCUUGGAGUUCUUUCUGCUUGUUUCCCCCCCCCCCCAAUCUGGUACUAGUCUUCCUUUGAGGAUGAAGGGAGGCACAGAUGUUGUUAGAAAUUCCCAGCGCCCCUGCCCAGUUGUUUACCACCAUUGCACCGUGGCUGUCUCGGUAGACCUGAAGUUCUCAGUCAGCCCAGCCGCCUGAAAGCGGGACAGUAGAUCUGGGCUCUAGAGCCGUCAGGGUAAAAAGCUGCACUUUUAAACACCACCCUGGCCCAGCUCUGUGAGCCUCUUGCCUGCCUCGGAGCAGACCAGGUAACCUUGAAUUUCAGGUGUCUGGAAAUUCUAGCUGAAACCCGCCUUUCGUGCUGCUCACACAAGCACCGGGUACACUGAACUUGUACUGAGUCCAGUGGUUCCUCUUUGUGUGUUGAGUAAUAUGAAACCUGGCAGUGGCCAAGGGCACUAAAGUUCAAGUGCAAGUUCUAAUAGAAACGUAAGCAGCCUUAUUUGCCUCAGGACUCUGAGCAGUUUUCUGAAGCUUUCUGCAAGUCCGCAGCUCAUUACCCCAGCCUGCCUCUUGGCAUCAGGUUGAGCAGCUGUGAGAUUCAAGCAGUACCUUUCCCCCCCCUUGUCUUGGCAGAAGGGGACACACUAAAUUCCUGGCCUCGAGCUUCACCUUCCCUUCAAAUCUUAACUUGGCAGCGAGACACUAUUCCUCACUCAGUAAUUUCAACUCUGACACGAAUCUACAUCACUGACACCUUCAAAUCUGGGCUCCUGCUGAUGGCACGUGGGAGGUGGCCUGGCUCACACCUGGCAGGACCUGGCCAAUGGGGAGGGUCGGGUAGGAAGAUGCUGGGUUCCUGAUGUGUGCUAACAGAUGUGGUUUGGCAUUCAAGGUUUUUUUUUUUCCCCCCAGUGCGAUCCCCCUCUCCCCCCAAGGGAUUUGAGUCACAGUGAGCUGUGUGUGAACCUGUAUUUUGUGGUGACGCAUUAAUAAGUUGCUAAAGCCCCGAAUCUGCUUGUCCUUCAGCCUCCCUGCUAGCACUAGCCCCUUACCUCCACGGUAGAUUUGGAUUUGAGCGAGUACCACUUUGUUAACGUUGGGAAAUGGUGCCAUUCAAAAGCAACUUCCUAACUUUAGGAAUACCUCCUUUGUAGUUAACUUUCUGGAACCGGUGCCUCAUCUUAGGAUGCAGCUAGAUUCCGAGCUCAAACGUCCUCUUCUUGAGAAUAAAUGGUAGUUAUCUAGUUGGGAGCAGAGACCCUGAUGCUCCCUGGGGCCAUUGCUUCCUGGGUAUCUGGGCUCCACACUAGGGAGAACCCUUGGGGUGGAUUCUGUGAGGCGAAGGAACUUCCAGUUGCCAAGGUUAGAUUCGAAUUUUUCAAUCUGGCAGAGACCAGAAUGUCACAGCUGACUUUGGAACAUACUUUAAUUCAGCCAGUUCCAUUCAGGGGACCAAGGGAGGGCAUGGAGCGGGGGAUAUGUUUAAAGAGACCUGGCAACUUUUCAGGAUUAUUUGUGGAGAUUUCCAAGGAGAGGAUCAGGAAAGAAAAAUGCCUUUUUAUGAGUUCAAGUUCUAAAUCCUGUUUACCUAUCACUUAAAAAAUAGUUUAAGUGGAAGCAAAAAAAAAAAAAAAAAAAAAAAAGAAAAAGAAAAAAAAAAAAGCUUGGAGUUUUCCCUGGGCUAAUGAGAGUUGGUGCAAAUUUCCGUGUUUGUUUGCAUAGGAAGGUUAGAAGACCAUCCACUAAAGAGGAAGUCGUUAAAUAACAUAGAUCUGUGGGUGUUUUAAAACCAAAGCCAUCUGGUCUUUUUUUUUUUUUUUUUUAAUGAAUAAAAGAUAGUUGCUUUAGGAAAAUUCAGUUUUUAUCCAUUAAUUUCCAAAUUACUAUAGAUGAAAAGAUAUGAAUUAGACUAAAUUGGGAGCUUUUUUGUUAUUCUAUAUCUGCUUAGCCUUUGAAAUCUUUCUUAUGGGUGCCUAGGAUGUGUGAGGUUUCCUCUUUGGUGUCACGGUCACUGACCUUCUUAUGUGAUGCAGGUGAAAUCACUUGUCAUUGCAAAAUGUAUUAGAACUUGAUGAAAUAAAGCUUUGAGUUUGAGAAAUAAAAAUAUAUUUAAAAAGA